UCUGGUGCAGCCCCUAACACAGUGUGAGCGACCCCAGUGCCACCUGCCACCCAGGAGCUGCUGUGUGAUGUCAGGGUGCGUUGCCCACGGGAUGCACCACGUGCUGCCACUGCAGUGUCACGGCCGAGUCCUGGCGCUCAGAGACACAGCUCAGGGCAGGGCUUGGCUGCCCACCCCCCCAGAGGCCCCUGGUUUCCCUGGGUCAGCAGGGAUCUGGCACGUCCCACGUGUGCCUGCUGCAGAGAUUAGCUGGUGACACUUAAAACGUGCUGUGACACCGGGAGGGUGACGUGUAGAAUGACAGAACCCUGCAGGAGGGACUCUGAACCACCUCCCUCAUAUGAUUAGAGGGCCCAGGCAUGUACGUCUCCCACUUUUGGGGUUUGCCAUAACUAGGGUGCAUCUCUGUGCUUCACCCCUGGUUUUUUUGGCUGAUGGAGAGCCUGGAAGGACACGUCCUUGUCCUUGCAGUGGGCUGCAAAUUGGGGCUGGGAUGGAGUGAUGGUCCCGGGGGGUUUUCCAGCAGCAAGGCCCCACAGUGGGCUGAAACACACUCCUCUUGUUUGUCUGACCCUCAGGUCAAGGACGAGGACAAAUCUUUAGCUGUGAAAAGACCCGUGAAGGAGGACGGGGCUUCAGAGAGCCUGAAGGACGCAGCACCUGCAGCCCCGAAAGCUGAGCCCCCGAAAGCUGAGCCUCCAAAAGCUGAGCCCCCGAAAGCUGAGCCCCCGAAAGCUGAGCCUGUGAGGAGCCCUGAGCCUGCCAAGAGCCCUGAGCCACCUCCUGGGAGAGGGAAGAGCCCAGAGCCGGUGCUGAACGGGGCAGCUGUGAAUGGGCUGGAGGCACAGGGGGAUGAUGAUCCGGGGCUGUCCCGCCGCAAGGUGGUCCGGGUGGUGCGCAAGGUGGUCCGUAAAGUUCUGCCGGGGGAGGACGCUGGCAGUGCCAAGGAGCCGGGCCGAGAUGCCAAAUCUCCCGAGCCAGUGCCACCCCCAAGGAAGGAGGAGACAAACCGUACCGGUGUCCUGGCUCCCCCAGCCCCGCCGCCUCCCCCAGCCGUGCUGCCUUCAGCCCCUGCCAAGCCAGAACCCAAGGAUGAGAUCUCGGAGGGGCUCAAAACCCUCAUGGCAAAGGGCAAAACCAAGGAGCACCGGCCACGGCUCCGGCCGGGGGACAGGCAGGAGAAAUCCCGUGAGCCAGCUGGUGGGGACACAAAGCUGUCCCCGUCCCCGGGCGCUGAAACCAAACCAGAGGCACCAGUGCAGCUUUCGGGAGGGAAAGCGGAGCCAGCAAAGGCGUCUGCUCUGAAACCCACGGCCCUGGAGAGGCACAAGAAGCUGCAGACCAGCGAGAAGCGGCCAACCCCUGUGAAAAAUGCCCCGGCUGCCCCCCAGCAGGCUGCCCCUGGCCCUGCUUCCCCUGGCCCUACGUCCCCGCUGAGCCCAUCUGAGGAGGCGCAGCUCCGGCUGGAGAGGAUCUUCACCAGUUCUCUGGACCCCCCCGCCUCCGCCUCGGCACCCAGCCAGGGUCCGGCGGAUGAUGCGCCAGCAGCUCCCCUUGGCCCCGUCCCUGCUGCAGCUCAGGCCAAGACGGAGGAGCAGAUAGCAGCCGAGGAGGCCUGGUACGAGACCGAGAAGGUGUGGCUGGUGCACAGGGAUGGCUUCUCCUUGGGCAGCCAGCUGCAGCCAGAGGCGGGCAGUCCCCUGCCCGAGGGCAAAGUGAAGGUGAAGCUGGACCACGAUGGAGCCGUCCUGGAGGUGGAGGAGGACGAUGUGGAGAAGGCAAACCCCCCGUCCUGUGACCGUGUGGAGGACCUCGCCAGCCUCCUGUACCUCAACGAGUCCAGCACGCUGCACACGCUGCGCCAGCGCUACGGCGGCAACCUCCUGCACACCUACGCCGGGCCCACCAUGGUCAUCAUCAACCCGCUGAGCUCCCCCUCCAUGUACUCUGAGAAGGUCAUGCACAUGUUCAAGGGGUGCCGCAGGGAGGACACGUCCCCGCACAUCUACGCGGUGGCGCAGGCGGCGUACCGCAGCAUGCUGAUGAGCCGCCAGGACCAGGCCAUCGUCCUGCUGGGCGCCAGCGGCAGCGGCAAAACCAUCAACUGCCAGCACCUGGUCCAGUACCUCGCCACCAUCGCCGGCAGCACCGGCAAGGUCUUCUCCGUGGAGAAGUGGCAGGCUCUCUACACCAUCCUGGAGGCUUUUGGCAAUAGCAGCACCGGAAUGAACGGCAACGCCACCCGCUUCUCGCAGAUCAUCUCUCUGGACUUCGACCAGGCUGGGCAGGUGGCGUCUGCCUCUGUACAGACGCUGCUGCUGGAGAAGCUGCGCGUGGCCCGGCGCCCAGCCAACGAGGCCACCUUCAACGUCUUCUACUACCUGCUGGCCUGCUCUGACAGCACCCUGCGGACCGAGCUUCACUUCAACCACCUGGCAGAGAACAAUGUCUUCGGCAUCGUGCCUCCCUCCAAGCCUGAGGAAAAGCAGAAGGCAACCCAGCAGUUUGGCAAGCUCCUGGCAGCCAUGAAGGUGAUGGGCAUCACAGGAGAUGAGCAGAAAGCCUUCUGGCUCAUCCUGGGGGCCAUUUACCACCUGGGAGCUGCCGGGGCAACCAAAGAGCCACUGGCAGAUGGAGCUGACGCCGAGGAAGCUGGGAGGAAGCAGUUUGCCCGGCACGAGUGGGCUCAGAAAGCCGCCUACCUGCUGGGCUGCAGCCUGGAGGAGCUCUCCUCUGCCAUCUUCAAGCACCAGCCCAAGGGCACCCUGCAGCGCUCCACCUCCUUCCGCCAGGGCCCCGAUGAGUCUCCCCUGGGGGACAGUGGCACAGGUCCCAAGCUGACGGCGCUGGAGUGCCUGGAGGCCAUGGCAGCUGGCUUGUACUCUGAGCUCUUCACACUCCUCAUCUCCCUGCUCAACAGGGCGCUGAAGUCCAGCCAGCACUCGGUGUGCUCCGUGACGGUGGUGGACACUCCUGGGGCACAGAACCCCGAGCUGGCAGGGCAGAGCAGGGGGGCCACCUUCGAGGAGCUGUGCCACAACUACGCCCAGGAGCGCCUGCAGCAGCUCUUCCACCAGCGCACCUUUGCCCGUGAGCUGGAGAGAUACAAGGAGGAGAACAUAGAAGUUGCCCUGGCUGAUGCUGAGCCCAGCUCCUCUGGCUCCAUAGCUGCUGUGGACCAGUCCUCACACCAGGCACUGGUCCGGUCUCUGGUCCGCACGGACGAGGCGCGGGGGCUGCUGUGGCUUCUGGAGGAGGAGGCUCUUCAGCCGGGUGGCAACGAGGACACCUUGCUGGAACGGCUCUUGUCCUACUACGGCCCACAGGAAGGGGGCAAAAAAGGGCACAACCCUCUGCUCCCCAGUGACAAGCCCCGACACUUCCUCCUGGGACACAGCUCGGGGACCAACUGGGUGGAGUACGAUGCCACGGGAUGGCUCAACUACGUCAAGCACAACCCAGCCUCCCAAAACGCCUCUGUCCUGCUGCAGGAGUCCCAAAAGAAGGUGAUCAGCAGCCUGUUUGCCGGGCGCGGUGGCUCGGCGCUGGUGCUGUCGGGCUCGGUGGCCGGGCUGGAGGGCGGCUCCCAGCUGGCCCUGCGCCGCGCCACCAGCAUGCGCAAGACCUUCACCACUGGCGUGGCUGCCGUCAAGAAGAAAUCCCUCUGCAUCCAGAUCAAGCUGCAAGUGGACGCCCUCAUCGACAGCAUCAAGAAGUCCAAGCUGCACUUUGUGCACUGCUUCCUGCCCAAGGCGGGGGGCGGCGGGGACCCCCCGGCUGUGCCGUGCCGGCGGGUGAGCGGCAGCGAGCUGGAGCUGCCGGCGGAGCACUGCGAGGCCGGGCUGAUGCAGCUGGACGUGCCCCUGCUGCGCGCCCAGCUGCGCGGCUCCCGCCUGCUCGACGCCCUGCGCAUGUACCGCCAAGGUUACCCUGACCACAUGGUGUUUGCGGAGUUCAGGCGGCGCUUUGAUGUCCUGGCCCCACACCUGACCAAAAAGCAUGGGCGCAACUACAUCGUGGUGGAUGAGAAGCGGGCAGUGGAGGAGCUCCUGGAAUCACUGGACCUGGAGAAGAGCAGCUACCACAUGGGCUUGAGCCGGGUGUUUUUCCGGGCUGGAUCACUGGCCAGGCUGGAGGAGCAGCGGGACACACAGACCAGCAGGAACAUCACCCUUUUCCAGGCGGCGUGCAGGGGCUUCUUGGCACGGCAGCACUUCAAGAAGAGAAAGAUCCAGGAUUUGGCCAUCCGGUGCGUGCAGAAGAACAUCAAGAAGAACAAAGGGGUGAAGGAUUGGCCCUGGUGGAAGCUCUUCACCACCGUGCGGCCCCUCAUCGAGGUGCAGCUCACCGAGGACCAGAUCCGUGGCAAAGACGAAGAGAUCCAGCAGCUGAAGAGCAAACUCGAGAAGGUGGAGAAGGAGCGUAACGAGCUGCGGCUCAACAGCGACCGCCUGGAGAGCAGGAUCACAGAGCUGACGUCGGAGCUGACGGACGAGCGGAACACCGGCGAGUCGGCCUCCCAGCUGCUGGACGCUGAGACGGCUGAGAGGCUGCGGGCUGAGAAGGAGAUGAAGGACCUGCAGGCCAAGUACGAUGCCCUGAAGAAGCAGAUGGAGUCGAUGGAGAUGGAGGUGAUGGAGGCUCGGCUCAUCCGGGCGGCCGAGCUCAACGGGGAGCUCGACGAUGAUGAUUCAGGUGGCGAAUGGCGGAUGAAAUACGAGCGGGCAGUGCGGGAGAUUGACUUCACCAAGAAGCGGCUGCAGCAGGAGCUGGAGGACAAGCUGGAGGUGGAGCAGCAGGGCAAGAGGCAGCUGGAGCGCAAGCUGGCGGACCUGCAGGCGGACAGUGAGGAGAGCCAGCGGGCGCUGCAGCAGCUGAAGAAGAAGUGCCAGCGCCUGGCUGCUGAGCUGCAGGACACCAAGCUGCACCUGGAGGGACAGCAGGGGCGCAACCACGACCUGGAGAAGAAGCAGCGGAGGUUUGACAGCGAGCUCUCGCAAGCGCACGAGGAGGCGCAGCGGGAACGGCUGCAGCGGGAGAAGCUGAGCCGAGAGAAGGAUGUGCUGGUGGCAGAGGUCUUUGGCCUCAAGCAGCUGCUGGAGGACAAGGACUCGGACAUCGCAGGGCUGACACAGAAGGCGGAGGCGCUGGAGGCAGAGCUGCAGGACAUCUCCUCCCAGGAGUCAAAGGACGAAGCCUCCCUGGCCAAGGUGAAGAAACAGCUGAGGGACCUGGAGGCGAAGGUCAAAGACCAGGAGGAGGAACUGGAUGAGCAGGCUGGGACCAUCCAGAUGCUGGAGCAGGCGAAGCUGCGGCUGGAGAUGGAGAUGGAACGGCUGCGGCAGACCCACGCCAAGGAGGUGGAGAGCCGUGACGAGGAGGUGGAGGAGAUCCGGCAGUCGUGCCAGAAGAAGCUGAAGCAGAUGGAGGUGCAGCUGGAGGAGGAGUACGAGGACAAGCAGAAGGUGCUGAGAGAGAAGCGGGAGCUGGAGAGCAAGUUAUCUGCUGUCAGUGAGCAGGCUAACCAGCGGGACUUUGAGACGGAAAAGCGCCUGCGCCGGGACCUGAAGAGAACGAAAGCACUGCUGGCUGAUGCUCAGAUCAUGCUGGACCACCUGAAAAACAACGCACCCAGCAAGAGGGAGAUCACCCAGCUCAAGAAUCAGCUGGAAGAGUCGGAGUUCACCUGUGCAGCUGCUGUCAAGGCCCGAAAAUCCAUGGAGGUUGAGAUCGAGGACCUCCACCUGCAGAUUGAUGACCUUGCCAAGGCCAAGGCAGCGCUGGAGGAGCAGCUGAGCCGUCUGCAGCGGGAAAAGAAUGAAGUGCAGAGCCGGCUGGAGGAGGACCAGGAGGACAUGAAUGAGCUGAUGAAGAAGCACAAGGCAGCUGUGGCCCAGGCAUCCCGGGACAUGGCACAGAUGAAUGACCUCCAGGCACAGCUGGAGGAGGUCAGCAAGGAGAAGCAGGAGCUGCAGGAGAAGCUGCAAGGUCUGCAGAGCCAGCUGGAGUUCCUGGAGCAAUCCAUGGUGGACAAGUCUCUGGUGAGCCGGCAGGAGGCCAAGAUCCGUGAGCUGGAGACCAGGCUGGAGUUCGAGAGGACGCAAGUCAAGCGCCUGGAGAGCCUGGCCACGCGGCUGAAGGAGAACAUGGAGAAGCUGACGGAGGAGCGGGAUCAGCGCGCAGCCGCCGAGAACCGGGAGAAGGAGCAGAACAAGCGGCUGCAGCGGCAGCUCCGCGACGUCAAGGAGGAGAUGGGCGAGCUGGCCAAGAAGGAGGCAGAAGCCAGCCGCAAGAAGCACGAGCUGGAGAUGGACCUGGAGAGCCUGGAAGCCGCCAACCAGAGCCUGCAGUCGGACCUGAAGCUGGCCUUCAAGCGCAUCGGGGACCUGCAGGCGGCCAUCGAGGAUGAGAUGGAGAGUGACAGCAAUGAGGACCUCAUCAACAGUUUGCAGGACAUGGUGGCAAAGUAUCAGAAAAGAAAGAGUAAAAUUGACGGUGACUCAGAUGUGGACUCGGAGCUGGAGGAGCGCGUGGAUGGGGUGAAGUCUUGGCUCUCCAAGAACAAAGGCUCCUCCAAAGCGCUCUCGGAUGAUGGCAGCCUGAAGGGCAGCAGCCCCACCAGCUCCCGGCACACCUUCACCUACGACAGAUGGGACGAUGAGCAGGACGCCGGGGACAGCACACGCCGCUCCUCCCGCAGCUCCCCCAGCGCCAGCGAGGCGGAGAGCCGGGCUGCCGAGACCCCCGCCUAGCUCCCAGCAGCACCUCCCACCACCCCGGGAACACUCAGCUCCGGUAUUUCUUCUGCACGGGGUGGGGGGGACACACCCCCCGGCUCCAGCCAUGGGAGGAGCAGCCCGGCCGGCUCGCUGGCUGCACCCCCACCCUCCCACCCCCUGUCUGUCCUUGGCGGCAGAGUCGGCUGCUCUGGCACCCGGGAUUUAUUCCUCAGUGCCUGCUGGCUCCUUGUUUUAUAACUUAAACUCCCCCCUUCGGCACCCUGCCGUCCUCUUACACCCCUUUUAGUUGAGCCAAAGAUGUCUCUCGCUGGCCGGGCCCUGGGGAGCAGCCGCCCAGCAGCCGGGAAGGGGGACAUGGGGAGAGGGUCCCACGUGCCCACCUGGGUUUUUGUGACCCACUUCCCCACCUCCCCACCUCUGCCUGGCUGUUUUGCACUAGCCCAGCUGUGCAUCUUCUUCCACCCCCUUUACUUUCAGUAUGAAAAUAAACGUCAUUUCUGGCUGGUGA